CCAUAGUCAUUGCCGUUUCAUGUGGAUAGGCUUGACCGUUGCAAAGGUGAGGACCAUUUGGUUUGAUUUCACACUUCGGAGCCAAACUAUGUAUGGAAGAACAAGGUUUGGUUUGGAUUCUCAAUAAAUAUAGGAAAUUGAUUAGUUGGGGAGAGUGAGUGAUUGUUAACUUUUUGAAAUAUUGAGAUUUGAGACCCACUUCUUCCCAAAGAUGGUUGCUAGAACCCCACCAAAGCAAAACAAAAUGCUACAUGCUCUCAAUCCUGUUCUAAUCAGAGAAACACUCAACAAGGUCAAUCAAUGCAUGGUUCGACUACAAGAACUUCAGUACACGGUGUACGGCGGAACGAAGGUGGUGUCAGGGGUAAGUCUCAGUCCUCGCAGCACCAAAGGUUAUCUCAGAACCAGUCUAAGGUGCAAGCAAGAAUCAGCCAGGAUCAAGCAUGAUGCACCAAGAAGUUCUCCACCGGGGAAGUUUCCUAGACCGACUAAUUCAGGUGAGGAAUGGAGGCAAAUGUCAUUGCCCGCAAUGCUUGUUAGCGAAACUGUUGGAGAAAUUUUGCAGGCAAGUCAAUUUGCCCGAGACAUAGUUUCAACAGUUACUAAGAAAACAACAACCAAGGGCCCAAAAUCUCCGGUGUCCCAUCGGUCAAACCAGAAAGUUGACCCGGAUAACACACCAUUCAAUGCUAGAAGAAGGAAAGAGAAACAAAUUAAACCACGAUCUGAUACCCCACCACUUCAACGUGCUCGUUUAAGUAUCAACUUUAAGGUUUCUCCUCAAAAAGCAAGAGACUCUGACAAAGAGAAUGAUAACAUGUUUUUGCCAAAUAGGGUAUCUCCCAAAAAUAGACUAUGUGUUAAUAGCCGCAACCCUUUAUUCUUUUCUACAUAUUCUUCAAGGCAACAACACUUUUGCAAGACAAAAUCUCCUGUCAUAUCAAGAAACAUGGGAACACAAAACAAGUUUUUGAUCAAGUCCCCACCUUCAGAAGCUUCCAAAUUUCAAGUCAAAGUCAAAAAGCCACCAAUUGUGUCCAUUUCUUCUUCACCUACAAGUUUGAGUCUGAGCAAGAAGAGUUCUCCAAAGAGAUGGGUUCGACCUUUCUCUCCUUCUAGAGUGACAACAAGAUUAGCUUCACCAUUAAAGAGCAAGAAAAGUGAUGGGAUAGUAAGUUUGAAGAAGAGUUCUCCAAAGAUGUCAGUGGCAUCAAAAAUUUGUCGAUCUUUUUCUCCUUCGAGAUUGGCAACCAGAUUUGUUUCACCAUUGAAGAGCAAGAAAAGUGCACAGCAAAGUGGAGGGAAACACCGCCCAGCAUCAACAGUGCAAAUCACUGCUCCAAGAAUUUAAGAACAUGUAUGUUCCAGUUCCGGCAAUUCUUUUAAACCAUUGAUGAUGGAAAUUUUAUCUCAAAUGUCUAAAGUUUUUUUUUCUAAAUUUUUUAGUAAAAAAAUAAGCUUCUUACUUCAAAAAUAAUGUUAGCUCCAUUGCUCCCAAAGACAGUGUAUAUCUUUAUUUUGUGUGUUGUUUUUUACCCGAAUGAUAUAACUCAUUUUACAUAUUUAA